AUGAGUGAGCUACAGAAAAAAUGGGCAAAGGCGCGUGUUGAUCCAAUGGCAUCAACACCGCACUUCGACGAGGCCAAUGAACAAAAUGCCCCUACCUAUCAUAUACAGCAGCAGCCCAAAGAUCAUCUCGAAGAGACUGGCAAUGUACCAGAGUUGCUAGACUUUCCCGAGGACGAUUCAUCCUCUGCGUCCUCUGCCUCGUCGACAGGGACCAUCGUGCCGUCUGUACAGCAAAAUCUCUUUGCCAGGCCACAAGGGGUGUCUAGAGGUCGCACAUUGGAACCCGUUCCAUGGACGACGUACUUUGAGCGAGAGCUUUUUCUUGACGUCGGGGCAGAGGGCUCCGAGGCGACCAACACCUUUCACGCCUACCUCACCUCGCCCGUCGGGAAAGGGCCCCUCUUCGUCACACACCACGGCGCCGGCUCCUCUGGUCUCAGCUUCGCCGUCGUUGGUGCUGAGAUAAGGAAGCUCAACCCAUCGGCAGGCAUCCUAUCUCUCGAUGCACGUGGCCAUGGAUCAACGACCACGUCUUCACCCGACCUGGAUCUGACCCUUGAGACGCUGGCCGCCGAUCUGUUGGGCGUCAUACAUGCGACCAAGGACAAGAUGGGCUGGCAGGUCCUCCCGCCCAUGGUGCUAGUAGGCCACUCGCUCGGCGGCGCGGUCGUCACGCACCUCGCGGGUCUCCGGCGGCUGGAUGACUCGGUCCUCCUCGGCUAUGCGGUCCUCGACGUGGUGGAGGGAUCGGCCAUGGAUGCGUUGCAGAGCAUGCAGACAUACCUCUCCACCCGCCCUACCGGCUUCGCUUCUGUCCCAGCCGCCAUCGACUGGCACGUGCGUUCACGGACGAUUCGCAACUCCAUCUCGGCCCGCACCAGCGUGCCGGCCCUCCUGACAUACUGCGCCCAGGAGGAGGCCGACGGGGAAGGCGGCAACGCCAGGCCUUGGAGGUGGCGGACGGACCUGGCGGCCACGCAGCCCUUCUGGGAGGGCUGGUUCGUCGGCCUGAGCAAGAAGUUCCUCACUGGUCGCGGAGGCAAGAUGCUGCUGCUGGCCGGGACGGACCGUCUGGACACGGAGUUGACGAUAGGGCAGAUGCAAGGCAAAUACGCCUUACAGGUGUUUCCAGAAGCCGGCCAUUUCAUCCACGAGGACCUUCCCGAGAAGACGGCCAUUGCGCUGGUUGACUUUCACCGUCGCAACGAUCGAAGUGCCCUGGUGCUCCCGCCAAAGGUUGCGGAUCUGAUAGCGCAAGGAAAGAGGGUAUAG